AUCAAGGUUAGAGAGGGGAAGGAUCUCGGCUUAACCACAACUGCCGAAGUGAUGCAGGCGAUGCUGGGCCGAUCUCCACAUAGACGCUUAGUCCAGGAGGCUUUUGAGGUGUCUAAUUCAGAGGAAGAGGAGGAUGAGGAGGACGAGAGUUGUUGCUCGUCAUCCUCUGACACACUAACAUGCAGUAUUCCAGAGGACCUGGAGGAGACACUCAACCUGUCAGAUGUGCAAAGCGAGGAUAUGGCUGAAAUUAGGCCGAUGUCAGAUGUUGAGGAACUGCAGAGUUCGCCUCAUCAGAUUUCCUCUGAAGUGGAGACGUAUUCAAAAGGUUCUGAAACCAGACUCUUCACUACGGAGCCUGGCUUUGAUACCAGCUUUGGAUCUAAAAAUGUUGAAAGUGGAUUAAUAACACUGGAUUCUACUGGCAACGUAUUCAGUCCUAAAACUGUGACCACUGAGUCACUAAACACUGCAGCCAUCCCAGCAGCUGAAGACCAGUUUAACACUGCUGCUACAAACCAGAACCAUGACUCGUCAAAACAUGAAACUUUGCACACUGACCCUUCUGCAAAGUCCCCUCAGGCAGCUGCUGCAGUGGAAGACACAAGACUGAUUCCUUCAAGACCUAUAACGCCGUUUACUUCCAAAAGAGCAUCAGAUGAGUUCAUAGAGGAGGAGGUUGAAGAUCGGUCUGUGUCCACAGGUCCACAUUCAGAUCUGGUAAGUGUCUGA